CCAUCGAUGAUUUUAGUUCAGCUUCGAUCGUUUAGCUGUGCGGUUGCAUUUCUGUUGUGUCUCCUUUCGGUUGGCUUGGAACCAACGUCGUGUGCGUGUGCGGAGCCUGGGAAGGAGCGAGAGGAAGUGUCUGGGGCCAACAAACAGAUAAUUCGCGAUAAUUCUUUGCGUGUGAACUAGUUGAGUCGAAGAAUUGGCAGCCAGCGGCACGAGUCCACGUAAAAAGUGAUGUUUGUUCAUUACUAACGGCUGAAGAGCGGUGAACAACGGGCUUCCUUUCUGUGUGUCCAAUUUACGAAAAGUAUUGAAUGUACGGGACCGAAGUGUAAUUAUUGGAGUGAUGCGCGUUUCGACGGAUUAGCGCUCAGUGAAAUUUACACAAACAGUAUAAAAUUCUUCGCAGUGCCACAAUCAGGAAUAGAUGAAAUUUCUCUAAGAAAAGUCUUCCUGACUACCUCAACUACUGAUUGCCAAAAUAAUAAAUAAGAUGGAAAUACGAUGGUGCUGGGCAGCAUUUAUCCUACUGACGGUAGUUUCUCACACGGCUGUGACACACAACACGGUCAGUACGGACAAUACUAGUAGUUCGACUAAAACUAGUAAUAGUAGAAGCAGUAGUAGCGACAAGUCUUUCAAUCCAGUCAACAUUAGUGAUAAUUCAGAAAAGCAAUAUCAACAAACAUCCAAGUCCAACUUGGGAGACAACGUGGAUGACGUGAAACAAGAAGCUGAAUCUAAUUACAAUUUGGAUGAAAUAAUUGCAAGUACGGAGGCGAUUGCAACUAAAAGCGUGAAGAAAUACUUGCUGAAGGAGAACAAAAAGUAUAGGAAAAAGUAUGUGUCGAACGACGAUUAUCGCCAUACAGCAUCGCAGUAUCGUAGCGAGCCUCUUAUCCAAGAGCACCGGGAAUCUCCUGAAGCUGAAGAUGAUGCUGCGACGACGACGACGCACAAGAUCGUCAGCGAGUCGGAGAAACCACACAGUCGUAAGAAGCGACUGAUUUGGGUAACGGACGAUGGUAGGCUGGCACUUCCCCCGGGCACUUCGCUAACCAUCGCACCGACAAUUGCGCUGCCAUUCGUGCGCUACCCGCCAACGGGAUUUCUCUCGAACAUUUCCAUCAGCUUGCCGGUAACGAUUGACUUCGACAAAUUGGGACUAACAGAUAAUCAGAACCCAUUGGGUGUGUUGCCACCUUUGUUGGCUAGAUCCAUGGGACGAGCCGCUGGAAGCAUUCUGGCCGAUUAUGUUUCUGAUUACAUGCGCACCAGAAGACGAAAGCGUAACGCACCCAGCUUUUCCGGAAAUGAUAAUUUCAAGAUCACCACUAACUUUAUCGAUGGCGAAGAAGGCGAACCGAAAACACCCGAAUUACCAGACGAACACAAGCAUGCGUUCCAUGGAGGAGAAAGAGCACUGCUGUAUACGGUGGUUGAGGACUUCAUCGCCAACUUUGGAGUUGAUGGAAAAGCCUGUAUGUUGCGAGCAAUUUGCGAAGUCCAUUCGAAACCGGUGGAAAGAUUUGGACUGAUAGGCGAGAUAUUGAAACUCUUUUUCACAGCCUCGCUAUCGCCAUACUCAGAGCAUUUAGAUGAGUAUGUGUCAGCGGAAAACAUUGGAAAAGGUAAGUCUGGCCCAGGAGAAUGCUUCCCUUACUACAAGGCUUGUCCUAAGAGCCUCUUCCGGAUGGUGAAUAACUUCCAGCAGCGUUAUAAGGAAGAUUCAGUACAAGAAAAUACUCACAAUAACAUAUAUGAAAAUGAAAUACAUGAUGACAUUGAACGUGAGAUGCGUAGCGUUAGCAAAAGUGAAUCCAAAGAUGAAACGGUGAUACACCUGGACAACGGCGUAAACAAGAUGGCAAUGUAGAAAUGCUCAACAAUUGGUGUAUGAUUUAUAAUAUGUGUCCAGCCCACAAUACAUUGCCGUUGUAACAUGUUAUAAAAAAUCAAUCAAGAAAGCCUUGUAACAUGUUAUGAUUGGCUGGCUUGAACAAGCCAUUAAAAAGAGGUAGGAGAUUUUUUGGGAUUCAUUUCAACAUGUCAGUAUUUAAGGAUAUGCUUUUGAUCGUGUGUGAGUUUAUUACUAAUAAUUUUGUGUAAAAACUAGUGUCAUUGAUUCAGAAACGUGAUUCAGUAAAAUUCGCAGAUAUACUGCUUGCUUUGCUCUUUACAUGGUGCAUUUAAUUUGAAAGGUUACUUAUUUAUUAUUUAUUAAAAUUAUUUACUAAAGAGUAGAAUGAACGAGGAAGGAAUUCCAUGCUUGAUUUCAACGAAGAUAAGAUAAAUGAAAUGCUGUGAGUUGCGAAGCAGUUAGUGUAAUGAGUGUCCAUAUUAUCAUAAAAAUGAUCAAUCAGUAGUAUUCGGUAAUAUAGAUAAUGUAUUCAGGGAACGAUGCUUGUCGUUGAUAAAGGGAACGAGACCUUGUAAAAAUAUUUUCAUUUUCAUCGAAAGACGACAAGUUGAACAGAAUCGAAAAAGAAUCCAUUUCAAGUGAACUAUUCUAAGUGAUCAUAAAAAAACGAGAUGGUCAAAAUUUCAUGGACGUUCUCAAAUCGAUUAUAUUCAAGGUGUAUUCAGUACACUUUAGUGAGCAAUGUUUAUUUGC